AUGGGUCAACCGGGCGUUGCUUUCCAAAAUGAAGCCGACAUUAGCAUGACUCGAGCUUCGUCCUUCGUCGGUGGGAGGCAUGUGGCUGGUUCACUUAGCGAGCAUUGCCGAGCACGAAGCGCGACCCUCCCCGCGAAGUGCCCCCGGGCAGAUGGGCACGAGCCGGAGGCGAAGAGAGACAAGCGCCAAAAAAAGAAUCCAACAGCAAAAAAAAAACCAAUGGCGUCAACAGAAAUGGCCGCUCCUCAAAGUCAAACAAAGGAAGGUGAAUCACUCAGCAAAGAUCUUCCCGAGGGUAUCGAGGAAGGUGAAGGCAAAAAGAAAGAUUUUGUAGAGAUUGUUGAAGAAGAGGAUGAAGGCAGUACAACCAAGGAAGAUGAGGAGCAAGUAGAUUCAGUCUGA